CCCUGGUCAUUGUGUCAUUGGUGCCUUUGUGACCUCAUCACUCUCUGCUAUCAACUUUCUCUGCGGGACCAGAGCUGGAGGAGAGCAGACCGGAGGGCGAUGGAAACAUCUAGCCCCUAACUAUGGGCCCAGAAGAAGCUACCGCCAUGACAAAAACAUCCGCAGCUGUGCUCAUCCAAGCAUGGUGGCGUGGCACGCUGCUGCGACGCUCGCUGCUGUUCGCCGCCCUCAAUGCGUGGAUCAUUCAGUCCUGGUGGAGAAAGAUACUGGUGAGAGAGAGGGAGAAGAGACUGCAGGCGGCUCUGAAGGUGUAUGCUAAAAAAACAAGGGCGGUUGUCAAACUGCAGUCAUGGUUCCGGAUGUGGCGCAUCCGCCGACGGUACUGUCGCUUACUAAAUGCUGUCCGCAUCAUCCAGGUUUAUUGGCGUUGGCAUAGUUGUCACACUCGUGGCUUUAUCCAGGGCGACUAUGAGAUCAAAGAAAACCGACUGAAUAUUCAACUUGAAAUUUCCCUGGGCUCACAGGCAUGCAAAGUGCAGCAAUGCAUAACACUACCAAUAAAAGAGUGAUCAGGUCUGCUA